AUGUGGAACGACGAAGAUAACAAUCCCUACGGGGCCUUUGACCAACAUCAGUCCGGCCUAUCUGACUCUUUACAUUCAGCCGCACUCUCUCCUCCUCUCUACGAACACGACUCAUCCCCUCCGUCUAGUCGCGACUCCAACGGCGAGCCUCCCGAUUACAUCACCCAUACCGACGAUCUCAGCGAUCCCGAAGAUGAGGCCGAGUAUGGUGCCGCCAGUGAACAAUACCCCCGGAAGAGCGUCUAUGACAGCCGCAUUGAACAGAUCCUUUAUGAAAACCCCGAUAUGCCAAUCUUGAUCACAGAUGCCGGGAAAAACCAUGAGGGAGGCGGGGGCUUUAUUGUUUACACGAUUCGGACUGCGGACCUGGAAGUGCGCCGUCGAUAUUCCGAGUUUGCAUCAUUGCGACAAACGCUUGUCAAUUUGCAUCCCACCUUGGUUGUUCCGCCAAUUCCCGAGAAGCACAGCAUGGCGGACUACGCAGCUAAACCUACCAGGGCUAAAGAUGAUAUGGCCAUUAUAGAUCUCCGAAAGCGCAUGCUCGGUGUGUUUCUCAACCGCUGUCGGUGUAUGAAGGAGAUCCGUGAGGAUGGAGUGUGGUGGAGAUUCCUAGAUCCCAACGUUAGCUGGAGUGAGGUUUUGAGCUCCCAUCCUGCAUCAUCUGUCCCAAAGAAUAACCUCAAAGCGCCACCUCUUGACCCCGCAAAUCCCACACCAGCCCAUGGCUGGCUCCCGGUUCCCUCUGCAUCCGCAAAGCUCAAGACCAGCGGUGGCAUUACUACAGCGAGCGCAAAUCCAGCAUCGCCUACGUCACCGAAUGAGCAAGAGCAGCCCUCAUUCCCGGGACCUGAGAUGCUUGGGCGGUUCCCUCCUGAGUCUCGAAAGCUUAGCGAGCAAGAACUGGACCCUUACUUUAUUAAUUUUGAAGCUUCUACACGUGAGCUAGAACUACUUUUGCAGGGCAACAUUGAGAAAGUUAAUCGACGAACUCUCUCGCAUUUGUCUGGACUCUCAGCCGACCUCAUGGAGUUGGGAGCGCGUUACAACGGAUUCUCUCUUUCUGAACAGUCACCAACAGUAGCUGCCGCCAUUGAGCGCAUCGGCCAGGCUGCAGAUACUUCGUAUAUUGAAACCGAAGAGCUAUCCUCGGCUCUGAGCGCAAGUUUUGCGGAACCUAUGCGGGAGAGUGCUCAAUUUGCUAGUGUGGUUCGCGGAGUUCUACGAUACAGAGUGCUCAAGCGGGUACAACAAGAAAUGACUCGCGAUGAGUUGUCGAAGAAAAAAACUUUACUAGACUCCCUUGAGCGCAGUGAACUAGAAGCCAAGCGUAUCGAGCAGUAUCUCAAUCGCACCAACCCUCAUUCUGGAACGACGAAGCCUCGUUCUCUGUCAACUUCAUCCGCCAGCGAAGGAGGCAGCGGCCCCAUAAUGUCAGCCGACUCUGGCCUCCAAUCUACUCACACCGAUUCUAUAAGCUCUCUGCCUGGAUCGCAGAUUGGAGGACUCAAGAGAUCGGACCCGUCAGUACACGGUCAUCGCAAGACAUCCAGCGGGACAUUUGUGGCGAAUAAAAUUUUCGGUCGCAUCAGCCAUGCCAUCCACGGAUUUGCUGAUGUAGAUCCCGAACGAACACGUCGGGACCAGAUUGGAAAGACGAAAGAAAGUUUGAUUCAGUUGGAGCAAGCGUUAGAAGUGUCCGAAAAGGACGUCAAGGAUGCGAGCGCGGGUGUGCUGAAUGAUCUCAAGCGCUUCCAGAAGGACAAAGAAGCUGACCUGCGACGGUACAUGGUCGCAUAUGCUCGUUGUCACUUGGACUGGGCUCGCAAGAACCUGGAGACAUGGACCGAAGCUAGAGAUGAGGUGGACAAGAUCGUGGCUCGAUAG